CUUACUUGAACCGCAGUCACAUUGACAGUAACAAGACUUGUUGCAUUCUGGCGGUGUUCCAGCAGCAGCUGCGCGAGCAUACCGUGAGCGGGCAGAUACUGCCCAUGGUCUAGUCGUCGGCAAACUGGGUUUGGCCUACCACAUGAUAAACAGGAUGAGAUUUAACGCUUCGGUAUCAGUACAUACAUCGUUUUAUCCCUUGGUGCAAAACUUGGGCCGACAUAAAUACACUUCACAGCGUAUUGCCUCCUGGCUUCGAGUAGACCCCGACAAGCAAUAAUCGAUAACAACAUGCAAAUGUAUGUGUAAGCAUCUUGGGGUCAGCAGUAACAGUUUCGGGGCUUUCAAGCAGGCCUAGCUAACAACGCGCGCGUUGAAACUUCUUUAGCCUAGCAAGACCGCCGGACUCCAGGGAUAUGCUAUUGCAGUAUAGUUACAUGAACCUAUAAGGCCUCCCUCUCGAGUCAGGGUGCUGCACCCGGGCAGCAGGCCUGUGUAACCGGCGGGUCUAUCUAGCCGGCCGCGAGUGUGAGCCGCUUGCUGGCUGCUGGACCUACCAGCAAGUGCCGCCGGGCACCGCCGUCUAGGCUUGCGCAGGCAGCAGCCCGAAACAAGUAGUCAAGAUCUUGAAAUGGAAUCAACGAUUAUGACAGGAGCUUGCGACGCUAUGCCGCUGACUGCGGCGUCUUCACGCGGACGACAUGAUGACACCUUGCCAGCAGAUGCCUGCACGCUCAACAGCCACGCUCUUGACAAACUGCUGGCUCUGGUUAAACACGAGGUGGCUUCAAUGCCCGUGGCUUCCGUUCCCAGCUGCGACGGUUACGAGGGCGGUCUGAAACGAGGGCGCGCCUGGCUGCAAGGUGCUACCGACUGCCUCAGUAUGAACCGCAGCAGCAGCUGGUCCAACAAUGCCCGAAGCGACGUCAUCAGGCCUUCCAGCAGGCCAUACGUGGCACCCGCCGCCGGAGGUGAGGGAGGUGGCGGCGGCCCUGCUGGCUACGUACGUGUCAGCGCACCUCAUGCCGACGCCACCGGCGGCGGCGGCUGCCUAGGCCACCACCAACACUGCGCUGAUGAGAUUGCUGGACAACAUCAGCAGCAGCUGCUCCUAAUGAUGACGGCGGCGGUGGCGGAUAGCAGCCGGGCGCAGAUGGAGUGGGAGGCGCAGCGGCGGCAGCAGCAGCAGUCGUCUGCGGCAGGCGCUGUGGAUGCAAGAGCGGCGGCGGCGGCGACGGCGCCAGCAGCCGCAGGCGGCUCGGGAGCAUGGCCCUGGGCUUUUGCAAGUGAUGCUGCAGCUGCUGCUUCGGGUGGCGGUAGUGGCGGCACGGGCGCAUUGCGGCUGGCCCGCCGCCGUCCCGACACCAGCACCACCAGCAGUAGUCGCAUGAUGAGCGGCGGCCGCCUGCUGCUGCCACACGGCGGCGGCGGCUCCGGCGGGUCCCCCGCCGCGGCCGCCGCAGCCCCGCAUUACACCACAACCGCCGCCACCGCCGCCGCCUCCGCCGCCACCGCCGGUGCUACUGCUGGUGGUGAUGGUGGUACUCAUCACGAUGGCAUUGCGGCUGCUGUUGCUUCUGCAACAGCAGGCGCUGAGGCAACAGCUGCGGCAAAACCGCCCGCAAACCCGCCGUCACCGCCGCCGCCGCCGCCGCCGCUGCCGGCGGCGGCGGCGCCGCACGACGAGCACCCACAGGACCGGUGGCACGCAGCAGCCCGGCGGAUGCUACUGCUGCGGCAGCUGAUGCUGCUCGGUGGCGAGGGCGGCAGUAGCGGCGCUGACAUUGAGCAGGCGCUGCUCGGGCUGCUGGAGGCCGCAGCGGCGGAUGAUGUGGUGAUGCAGCAGCAGGCGCCGCCGCCGCUGCUGGCGGCGCCGGCGACGGCGGCGGCAGCAGCAGCAGCAGCAUACGGCGGCAGCAGCGGAGGGCUCACAGGGUUGCAUCGCCCGCCGGAGCCACCCGUCGGCAGGAGCCACGUGUGCCGCAUGGAUGAGUCCAUUGCUGCCACUGCUGCUACUGCCGCCGCCGCCGCUGCAACUGCUGCUGGCGGCGGUGUGCAGGUCGUCCCGCAAGUGCCGCAACAGCACUCGCCGCCGCAGCCACACUCGCCGCCGCGGCGGCGGUGGCUGUCCGCAAGCGAUGACGGCACCAACACGAGCAUUAUUCCGCCGCCGCCGCCGCCGCCAGCUCAACAUGGCGGCGGCGACGGCAACGACACGGCGGCCGUUCGGCUGAUGACACCUCCCACACCCACGCCGCCAUCGCCAGCAGUAGCCGUUGCUACAGCUGCUACUGCCAGCGCUAACGCCGCUGCAACUGCGACCGCUACUACUGCCGUUGCCGCUGCUACUGCUGGGCCUCGGUGUGUCGCGUACCUGCGACUGGGCCGCUCGUUCUGCGACGCUCGCUCCAUCACAGUGCCCAAGGCUGUAGCGGAGGCACUGCUUGGCGGGGAGGUAGCGAACGGAGCCGAGCCAGAUGACGCGGGUGUGCUGGUCAUCAUUGCAAACCAGCAGCUGAAACGCAGCGGCAGCAACGCCAGUAGCCAGUCGGCGGGCGGCGGCGGCGGCGGCGCUGAGGAGGAGGGCGGUGCUGCUGAUGCGUCAGAGGAGCGACCAGGCAAGAGGAAGCGGCAGAAGCAGGCGGUGCAGAAGCAGACUCCAAGGCAGUCGCGUAAUAAACCGGCUCCCACGGCGGCUGAUCUGGAGCUGGAGGCGGCGAGCGCGUGGAUGGCGGCUGUCAAAAAUUCGUCAGUAGUGCCGGCAGCGCGCAAGCGGUUUUACAGGUACCGCGAGCCGCCGCGCAACUACCUGCGCUGGAAGCUGGGCGGGCUGCGGCUGUGGCUGAGGCACGAGUGCGGCGCCCGGGAGGGCGACUACCUCAAAUUGCAAGCCAUCACCCGCACUGGGGUGGAGGCAGGAGAGGGGCCGCCGCACCUGCGGCCGCAGCUGCUGGCCGCUGCGGCGACCGCCGGCGGCGGGCAGCAGCAGCAGCAGGUGGCGGCGGCGGCGGGUGGAAGGAAAGCUUCACCGGAUGCUGCUGCCGGCAACAGCAGCAGUAGCGGUGGCGGUGGCGGCCGCGCCGCACCUGCUGCGCAUGAUGGGCUGCAACGGCAGCAGCUCACGUGUGGCAGUAGCGGCGUGAUCGCCAUACUGGUGACAUGGGUGCCGCAGCGUGUCGGCGGCGACGACGGCGACGGCGGCGGCGGCGGCGGCGGCAGCAGCCCCACCCAUGAUAAUCCCGCGCCUGAAGUGGCAGCAGCGGAGUUGGUUGGGAGCCCAGCCAAGAUGGCAGCAGCCGUGGGCGGCGGCAGUGGAUGUGAUGCGCGGCAGCUGCCGCCGCAGCUGCAGCCGCCACGGCAGCAGGAGGUUGCGGUGGCAGCAGCAGGCCCAGCCGCCGCCAGCGGCGGCGGCGGCGGUGGCGCAGCUGCGCCGGCUCGUAGUGUUGCUGCUGACGGCUUCGUGGCACUCAGGCCUCGUCAGCAGCAGCAGCAGCAGAUGCCGCCGCCGCCUCAGGUGCUGAGCCUAGGGACGACGAGGCAGCAGCAGUCGCUGCACCAGCAGGAAGUGGUGCAGUGCCGGCAGCCGCCGAGCUCUCCUGCUACAGCAGCAGCAGCAGCAGUAAGUCAUGGCGUGUGACUUAUUGUGCGCAACGCUGCGCUUCUAACUUGUACGAGUCCCGUUGCUCUGUCUCUCUGGUACUCUCCGUGUCCCUCCGUGUCCGGAGAUCGUGCGUGCCCAUGCAACUGCUGAUGCAAUCAAGCAACUAGCUACGU